UAGGAACUGUCGUAGCAAGUCAACGUGCAGGUCGGACCGUAAUCACAGACACACCGGCACUUCGCAGAUUAGUGCAGAUUUACUGCAUGCUGGACAACAUAUCCAAUAAUGUUUUAAAGGAUUUCUAAGUCUAAAAUUUCGUAUUCCUUAAAAAAUAUCUUAGUAAUGGAGGAAGAUGAUGAAUGUCCGGAGUUAGUUCCCAUUAAGGAGAAUACCGGACCCACAGCUCAGAUACCUGUUACUAUCAUCACUGGAUACUUGGGUGCUGGAAAGACGACGCUUUUAAACUACAUAUUAACAGAGCAGCAUAAUAAACGUAUUGCCGUAAUACUCAAUGAAUUUGGUGAAGGCAGUGCUUUGGAGAAAUCUCUAGCUGUAAGUCAAGCUGGAGAGCUUUAUGAAGAGUGGCUGGAGCUGAGAAACGGCUGUCUCUGCUGUUCUGUAAAAGACAAUGGGUUAAAAGCCAUUGAAAAUCUAAUGGAAAAGAAAGGAAAAUUUGACUACAUUCUUCUUGAGACAACUGGUUUGGCAGAUCCAGGAGCUGUCGCAUCCAUGUUCUGGGUUGAUGCUGAAUUAGGAAGUGACGUUUACCUUGACGGUAUUGUUACUGUCAUUGAUGCUAAAUAUGGAAUGCAGCACAUAACAGAGGAGAAGCCAGACGGUCUGAUCAAUGAGGCUGCUAGGCAGAUAGCACUUGCUGAUCUGACCAUCAUCAAUAAGACCGAUCUGGUGCAUGAGGCUGAGCUGGGACAGCUCAGAGAUGCAGUGAGAUCAAUUAAUGGGCUUGCAAAAAUUUUGGAGACACAAAAAUCAAGGGUUGAUCUGUCUGAAGUGUUAGAUUUGCAUUCUUUUGACACCAAAGAUGGAGUAAGGCUCGCUGAAAAGAUGCAGCUGGUGAGAAAAAACCAACCACAUCUAGACAAGACUAUGCUGACGAUAACAUUUGAAGUACAAGGCAACGUUUCGGAGGAGCUAUUAAAUACAUUCAUUCAGAACCUUCUAUGGGAGAAGUCCUUUAAGAACAAAGCAGGCUUGUCAAUGAUCGUUAUUCGAUUAAAGGGGAUCAUUUCCCUUCAGGCGAAACAGAAGAAAGUAAUGUUGCAGGGAGUGCAUGAGCUUUAUGAAAUGGAUGACACUACAGAAUUAUGGGCAGAUCACGAACCAAGAAUCAACAGACUCAUCUUCAUAGGUCGAAAUCUUGAUGGGGAAAUUCUGAAGAAAGAGUUCAUGUCUGUUUUGUCAAAUAAACACAGCAUGGAUUAGAUGAUUCUUGGCUUAAAUUUUGUACAAUCUACUAGUCCAGGUACAAACAUAAUAUGACACACUGCAAUUUCCAUUUUGUUAAUGUCUGCUGCAUUUCAAAAAUUGAACCUGGUCCUGCAACACUUAUUGGUGCGUAUGUCAUAGUAGAUUAGGUUAGAAAAAAAAAACCGGGCACGGUUCUUCUACAUGUGAACGUUGAAAAUCCUUUAAGCAUCUGUAUUAAACCUCUGUUUAAAUCAGUAAAAGCUAUUUUCACAUUUCCACUGUUUUAUUGUAAUUUUUUAAAUGUAUUUUGAGAAAAACGAAAAAUCUACUUUUUGUAUUUUUGUCAUUAUUUACAGUAUUUUACAGAAUUUGUUUUUAGUAUUAUUUAGAGAAGUUGUAAAUAAUAUUUAUCUUAAUCCUAUGGCUGUAUUUAUCGCUGUAAAGUGAAUAAUCCAGUGAUCGUUAAAAUAAACAUAGUCUUGAUUUAUUAUUCUGCUAA